GAUUGAUUGAUCGGUAGGCGUCUACAAGAGUAAUUUGUUUGGAAUUUUUUGCGAAACUGGAGGAUAAUUGUUUAGAAAUAUUUAGUAAUUAAAUUGAUCAUGAACGUCUUGACAAGAACAGUAGUGAAUAUAGCAAGAUCUUUUAUAACAAAUUACACUCCAGCAAACAAAUUCCACGUCAUAGGAAAUUAUGGCCUUACUGGUGUUCAAGGUAGUUUAGUAAGCAAAAUGAGAGAGUCCUUGACUAAUACGUUUCAAGGCUUCGAACAGAUUAGAUUUAGAACUACGUUGAGAAAAAUGCAUAAAAGAGGAGCACCGUAUAAGAAAGCAAAGAAAUCGAAGAAUCCUUUCGAUGGACAACCCUUUGCUAAGGGCGUCAUUUUAAAAACUGUUAUUAAAAAACCGAAGAAGCCUAAUUCUGCUAAUCGCAAAUGUGUUAUCGUUAAACUAUCUACCGGAAAGGAAAUGACAGCCUAUGUACCUGGAAUAGGUCACAAUUUGCAAGAACACAAUAUGGUAUUGUGUCGGGUUGGAAGAUUGCAAGAUACGCCUGGUGUUAAAAUAAAAUGCGUUCGGGGGAAAUACGAUCUUCCGCAUGUUAAAAAAAAUUAAUGUACAUAAUGUAAAUAAUUUAAAUAAAAUAUACACAUAAAAAUAUAUAAAAUUUAUAUUUC